CGACGUCGAACAAGAGCUUAUAGUCUUGGGUGAGAAAAAAAAUCGCAAAGGAAUGAAGACACUGCCAUUGUUUGUACUGAGCUUUCUGUUGGAAGGUUUCGUUUCCGCACAGGAGCGGGUGGAAAAAGAUUGGUGGGAAACGGCACUGUUUUAUCAGAUUUAUCCGCGAUCGUUUUACGACACCAACGGUGAUGGAGUGGGCGACAUUAGAGGCGUAACGGCCAAGCUGCAGUACCUGAACGAAACCGGAAUUGAUGCCGCCUGGUUGAGCCCGGUUUUCAAAUCUCCGCAGCGAGAUUUCGGGUACGAUGUUAGUGAUUUUCUCGAGGUGGAUGAACUGUUCGGCACCAACGACGACCUGGAAGAGCUAUUCCGGGAGGCAGGAAAGCUAGGGAUUCGAAUUGUUUUGGACUUUGUACCGAAUCAUUCCAGCAGUGAGCACUGGUGGUUCCAGCAGUCUGAGCUAGGUGUUGAGCCGUACAAAGACUACUACGUGUGGCAUCCGGGUAAACCGGUGGAGGGUCAGCUUAAACCAGAUGUUCCGAAUAAUUGGAAUUCGGUGUUCUAUGGUUCCGCCUGGGAAUGGAGUGACAUCCGAAAGGAAUACUAUCUGCACCAGUUCGAGGUGAGCCAACCGGAUCUCAACUAUCGGAACGAAGCAGUUAUUGCAGAGUUCGAUGAAAUUUUGCGAUUCUGGAUUGCGAAAGGUGCCUCCGGAUUCCGUGUCGAUGCCAUCAACCACAUGUUUGAGGAUGAACUUUUUCGUGACGAACCAGUUGUCGACCCGUCGGAUCCGUUAAGCUACGGUUACACGAAUCACCAAUACACCAAUAGCCUGAUGGAAACCUAUGACGUCGUGGGUCACUGGAGGCGUGUUAUCGACAAUUUUACCCAGGAAAACAACAGAGAAACGAUAAUCAUGAUGACUGAAGCGUACACCAGCAUGGAAAAGAUCAUGCUUUUCUACGAGUCAGCCGAUAGAACCGAACAGAGAGCACACUUUCCUUUCAAUUUUGCCAUGAUAACAGAAUUGAAUGCAGAAUCGACGGCACAUGAUUUCAAGUACGUCAUCGAUCGUUUUCUGGAAAAUAUUCCUCGAGGAAAAGUCACGAAUUGGGUUCUUGGGAACCACGAUCAGCCGCGUGUGGGCAGUCGCUACGGACCGGAACGCAUCGACGGGAUGCUGCUGAUGCUGUUGACUUUACCUGGUGUGGCAGUAACGUACAAUGGAGAGGAAAUCGGAAUGCUAGACUUUCGGGAUAUGUCGUUCGAAGACAGCCGAGAUCCUCAGGGAUGCAACGUGGGUAGUGAAGAGUAUAAAUGGAAAUCCAGAGACCCUCAGCGAACCCCUUUCCAAUGGGAUGACGGCUACAAUGCCGGGUUCUCUAAUGCCACUAAGACUUGGCUCCCGGUGUAUCCUUACUAUCGACAGAUCAAUCUACGCAAACAAUUGGAAGCAGACUAUAGUACUUACAAAUUUUACGUGGAUGCAGUGAAACUGCGCAAAGAGCGAAUCUUCACCCAUGGCCGUUUUAAAUCGCGUGCUUUAACCGAAAAUGUUUUCGGUUUUGUCCGAUAUAUCGAUCACGAUGGAGACGACCUAUAUUCCAUUGUUGUUAUAAAUUUGUCCGACGAUGUUUCCUCGGUCAACAUCCUGGAUUUGUAUCCGGUCAGUAAUCAAACAGUUGUCAAACUUGCCGGUACCAACUCACGUUACCUAGUCGGCCAACAGAUCGAUCCCUUGAAUCUUUCGUUGGGACCGUACGAAUCCCUAGUUAUUGCAGAAUCCGCAGGCGCCAGUUACCGUUUGUCACUCGCAAUCAUCGUCCUCUCGAUAAGCAAAUACUUAUUUUCGAAAAUAGCAACGUUUUAAACUUCAAUAGCAAAUUAUUCCAAUGAUAUUUCGCGCAAAAAGUACAUCCAUUUGUCUUCAGCUCCGAAAUGAAAAGCAAGAAACAAAGAAAAGAUAUCAGCACUGAAUAAAUAAUCGGACCUGAAUAAAAUUGAAAAUGAACACUUAACCUUUCUCCAUCCCGGUGUACAAUCCAUUGCAUUAUUUAGCAGUCGAAUUGAUCCAUCAACACUUCAGGAGAUUUUUCAGCUAGCCAAUGCAUUUUUCAGCAACUCCAUAAUUAGUUCCAUCUCGGAAUUUGAUGAGAAAUACUUUAUUACCCACCUGAUGCUAAUACCGGAUUGUGUCGCGGUUUUCGAAUUUUCUACUUUGGUUUACACAAAAUCAUACCAGUCAAACUGUCGGGCAUUCCUUAUGAUUUCUGACAUUAUACCAACUUUAUACCGACAUGAUAUUACUGUAAGGGAAUCUGAAACCGCAUUUAUAUCGAGAUCGUUUAGACUUUAAUGUAAAAAGGAUAUCUUAGACGAUUCGUAUCGAAAUCGAUACGAUUAAAAUGAAAAUCAAAGUUUGCUUUUAUUGAUCCCAGUCUAUUUCGCGGCCGUUUGAAGACUGUAAUUUGAGACAAGUUGAUAAUUUUUUUCAUUUUAGUUUUUGAAAGAUUAGCUAGAUUUUGGCGUGUAGCAAAAAAGUGAAAUAAAAAUUGUGAAAUGUAU